GUGCGCAACCCUUCUGUGAUUCUUUCCUUCCGCGGCAGCUCACGGCUGUUCAAACAUUGGCGAGCUUUCUCCCCUGCUCCCUCUGUCAAGGUUUUGUGUAAAGUCUGCCGACUGAAGCUGAAUUCUCUUUAGGUCCUUGCUCGGUUAUCAAGGAUAUUUCACAGUGUGAGUAAAGUCAACAUCUGAGUCUUCUGUGCUCCUCGUGCACGGGACUAUCAACCGUCCGCAAUCUCCACAUUUCAGAUCUGCUCAGUUAGAAUGGGCACUCUUUUAUUCCGUGAACGGACCCCGAAAUAGACAAAUCCGCUCGAUUUAUGCCGCAGCGGAUAUUCUGUUUGUUUUGACGCGUCUUUUUUUCCAGUUCAUUGACUGCUUAUCUUGGGACUGAGACUUUAAACUUGUCUUUGGGCUGCCAGGUGGUCAGACAACAAUGAUGGAUAAAGACGCUCUGGUUGUGCUGUUUAUUUUCUUAAACGUGGUUCUCAUCCAUGCUGAAGCGUUUAGAAGAGAGACCGGAGAGAGACGCGCGAGAUCCGACAGAUUCUGUCGGAUCUUACAGACACAGACUCGGGGCGCGCGGAGAGGACACAACGAGUUUCGCCUCAGAGUUGAAGGAGACCCAGAAACUUACCAACCUGGGAGCACUUACCGAGUGAGUUUGUAUGCCUCCAGCCCAUCUUACUUUCGUGGCUUCACCCUCAUCGCUCUGAAGGAUGGCAGGGAGGGCGUCACUCCUGAUGAUUAUGCCGGUACUUUCAAGAUUAUCGACGAAAGUGACACACAGUUCAUGACCAGCUGUCCCCCGGCCGUCACAGAGAGCAUUCCCAGAAGACGCACACAGAUCCAGGUGUUCUGGACAGCGCCACCCUCUGGUACUGGGUGUGUCACUCUCAAGGCUAGUGUUGUGCAAAGAAGAAUCAUUUUCUUUCAAGAUGAAGGCUCCCUUACCAAGAGGAUGUGCGAGAAAGAUCCAGUUGCGACUACUGAAAAUCCCAUUCAAGAGUGCUGUGCAUGUGGAACUGCCAAGUAUAGAGUCACUUUCUAUGGAAACUGGUCUGAGAAGGUGCAUCCAAAGGACUAUCCAAGACGUGCUAAUCAUUGGUCGGCUCUCAUUGGUGCAUCUCACUCGAGGAGCUACGUGUUAUGGGAGUACGGAGGUUUUGCCAGUGAAGGCCUUAAACAGGUAGCUGAGUAUGGAUCACCUGUCAAAAUGGAGGAAGAGAUUCGACAAAAGGGUGAUGAUGUUAUGACAGUUAUCAAAACCAAAGCCCAGUGGCCUGCCUGGCAGCCUCUUAAUGUGCGGGCUGCCCCCUCAGCAGAGUUCUCAGUGGAUCGAGCCCGUCAUCUCAUGUCAUUCCUGACCAUGCUGGGCCCCAGCCCCGACUGGAACGUGGGUCUGUCUGGGGAGGACCUCUGCACCAGAGACUGUGGAUGGGUCCAGGAACUGGUGAAGGACCUGGUGCCAUGGGAUGCUGGUACUGACAGUGGGGUCACUUAUGAGUCUCCCAAUAAACCCAGUAAUCCCCAGGAGCGGAUUCGGCCCCUCACCAGUUUGGAUCACCCACAGAGCCCCUUUUACGACCCAUCCGGUGGUCCCAUCGCACCUUUGGCCCGAGUGAUUGUGGAGAGGAUUGCUAGAAAGGGAGAGCAGUGUAAUACCGUUCCAGACACCAUAGAUGAUAUCAUCGCUGAUAUCGCUCAGGAGGAGAAGGAGGAAGGAGACAACACUCCAGAGACCUGCAUCUACUCAAACUGGUCUCCAUGGUCUGCUUGCAGCUCCUCAACCUGCGAUAAAGGCCGGAGGAUGAGGCAGAGGAUGCUAAAAGCACAGCUGGACCCCAAUAUGCCCUGCCUACACACACAGGACUUUGAGCCCUGCAUGGGGCCUGGCUGCAGCGAGGAGGAGGCGUCCACAUGUAUGAUGUCAGAAUGGAUUAGCUGGUCUCCAUGCAGUGCCUCAUGUGGUAUGGGCAUGAGGUCGAGAGAGAGAUAUGUCAAACAGUUCCCAGAGGAUGGCUCGAGCUGUACACUGCCAACAGAGGAGACGGAGAAGUGUGUGGUCAAUGAGGAGUGCUCGGCCAGUAGCUGUGUGGUGACCGAGUGGGGUGAUUGGGAGCCGUGCAGUGUGAGCUGUGGAGUGGGGAUGAGGAGGAGAGAGCGUAUGAUGAAGAUGGAAGCCUCAGAUGGCUCGCCCUGCAGAGCACAGCUGGCUGAAGCAGAGAAAUGCAUGAUGACUGAGUGCAAUGCAGUGGUGUGUAUGCUGUCUCCAUGGUCAGACUGGGGAGAGUGCAGUGUGUCUUGUGGUAUCGGUAUGCGUUCCCGUCAGCGCAUGCUGAAGAUACCUGUAGAUCCCAGCCUGUGCCCAGAUGAGCUCGAGCAGGUUGAAAAGUGCAUGCUUCCCGAGUGCUCUACAGACUGCAUGCUGUCAGAGUGGUCUGCUUGGUCUGAGUGUAAUAAGUCUUGCGGGAAGGGUCACAUGAUUCGUUCACGAAUGGUAAAGCUAGAGCCACAGUUUGGAGGCAUGCCCUGCCCGGAGACCGUCCAGAGGAAGAAAUGCAAGAUCCGCAAGUGCUCCAGAGACUCCCGUGCCAGUAACAAGCGAAAGAGGCAGGAGGCUUCAGACAGGAUGAGAGGGAAACAGAGUAGAGAGUCUGUGCCAGAGGAGAGCUCAGCCUGUCCUCUACGACCAUGGUCCAGCUGGACGGAAUGUACCAAGUCGUGUGGUGGUGGAAUCCAGGAGCGCGUGUUGAUCGUGAAGAAGAGAGGCAAAGGAUUACAGCCCAAUAACUGCAAAAACAAGAGGGAGAUCCGUGCUUGCAAUUUGCACCUGUGUUAAAAGUGACUUUGCAUCACUGUAAUACACACAUACCCCCCAACAUACACACUUCAAACUUAAAGAGGCUGAAUCGGGCAGAACUGAUGUAGCGGGGCUGGCGAGGAUGUGUGUUCCACUGUUACAGUUUAUAGGAAUUUAGAGUAACAUACACAUGGACCAGGCCUGUUAUCUGUGAUUAGUUUUAGUUGCCUUCUUAGCUGGCAUAUAUAAUGUAUUAAUGUAUAACCAACACUUUUCAGUAACAACUUUACAAUCAUACACUAAACAAUAAUUACAUUUUCCUUUCAUUCAUUAUGCUAGCGCAGCAACCCGUCUUUGGGUAUCGCGAGGUCAGAGGUCAUGCAAUAUAUGUAUAAAGGUAACAUUUUCUGUAAACAAAACAUGGUUUUCUGCAACCAAAAAUGCCUUUUGGCCAAUGCCAUAUUGUUUUUAAAGGUAAACAGGGUAUGAUUUAUGAUUUGCAAACCCACAAAUUUACCCCAGCAUUUCACUUUUAUUCCUGCCUUUAAUCCGAGGUAAAAAAAAAACAGCCACAUCGCACCACCUCUAUCGAGUGAAAUCAAGGUGGGUCUGUAGGUACCCAAUUGAUUCGGACAGCAAGCAUUUGUGAAGAUGGGGUGAUUUUGUUCCAUGGUUCUUGAGUGAAAAAAUAGAUGAAUACAAGCUAAAUCAGGCUUGGAGAGUGUAAUACAUUGGCCUGUGAAUAGUUUAACAUUAUACUCCUGAACUUAAAAGCACAGGUAAGCAUAAUCAUUGAACUUUAUAUAUAAUUGUGAUAUAUAAACUAGUUUGAAAAUAGAUUGUUACUUUCUAUUGCAUAAUUAGAUGUGUAAGAGGCUAAUGUGAAAUAUUAACUCAUCUGUAGGGACAGAUGUUUAAAUUAGACAUUUUCUUACUUUUGCUGUGGAAUUUUUAUAUAUUCAAGCUUCAAAGUAUUUCCAAGUCAUUUGUGGAAUUUCUCAAUUUUUCUCUCUCUCUCUCUCUCUCUCUCUCUGUUACUUUCUGUACUCUCCACUCAACCCUUACUCUACAGUAUUCUACUAUUUUGCAAUAAAUCUUUUACAAAAAAAGUUUGUAUGAU